AAUUCUAUGGACAGCAGUCAAUGCUUUGUGUUAGUUAAAGUGGCAAAAUCAUAAAACGUUAAAUGGCCAUGAGUACUUUUGUAUUACCUGUAUGAAUUUCCAGGCAGAACUUUAAGACUAUGACUUGAAUCUUAGACCUUUGCAUUGAGAGUAACAUAGAGACUUCAUAUGUAGGCCAUUUUACAUUAUGACGGAAACAUAUGAUUGGGUGAUCAUGCUGAGCUAAAAGAACAUAAGGAGAGGCCUCAAUGGGACAGUGGCAUCUUGACUCGGACUAAAGCAGAACAUUUUCAACACUUAAUCCUUUAACAUCACUAUAGACCUGAAUUCCCAGUGGAUGGAACACGUUUAAAUGCAUACAGUCCUGGUGCUUUCAGGAGUAACCUCGUCGACCCUUCAUCUUCACCCGGAGCAACGCUACACGCUCCCGCAAAACAGAGGAUUUUUCACCGUCGGAGCGAAUGAGGAUUUAUUCGCGGGAGAUGGCAGGAGCUCCGCGGCUUCAGCGCUGCCUCUGGCCGCUCGGAGUGACGCUCAAGUCAUGUCGGGUUCAGGCGCCCAUCGGGAGCAUCGAAGUCGACGGAGCGCUGGCAAGUCGGCCAUGCCGAAGGUGUACGGCCAGGCUAACCUGAAUGACUCUCAUAAUCAGAUGGUGGUUCACUGGGCUGGAGAAAAGAGCAAUGUCAUUGUAGCCUUAGCCCGUGACAGCGCAGCAGCGACUGGCCCCAAAACCAGUUCUGUCUAUGUGUCAUAUGAUUAUGGAAGGACUUUCACGCUGGUGUCGGCCAAGUUCGAGCUCUCCGAAGCGAAGUCCAAGAAUGGCAGCAGGCAGGUCAUCUCUCAGUUCUACCACAGUCCUGCAGAUAACCGGAGGUAUCUUUUUGUGGACUCUACCCACGACUACCUGUGGAAGACCUUUGACUUCUGUAAGACGGUUCAGGGCUUCUCCCUCCCGUUCAAACCCACUGACCUGCUGCUUCACUCCAGACAGUCCAACCUGGUGCUCGGCUACGACAGCUCACAUCCCAACAAACAGCUGUGGAAGUCUGACGACUUUGGGGAGACGUGGGUGUUGAUCCAAGAGCACGUGAAGACCUACUUUUGGGGUGUGGAACCGUACGACCCCCCCACCACAGUGCUGGUCCAGCGACACGAGCCACAGGGUGUCUCCACCAUACUAAGCAGCACAGAUUUCUUCCAGAGCGAACAGAACCGGAAAGUGAUCCUGGAGCAGGUGGACAGCUUCCAGUUCCGAGACAAGUACAUGUUUGCUACAACCACACGGAAACUGUUCGGUAGCCAUAACCCAUCUUCUGUUCAGCUCUGGGUCUCCUACAACCGCCAGCCAAUGAAAGCAGCCCAGUUUAUGACCCGGCAUCCAAUCACGGAGUACUACAUAGCAGAUGCAUCUGAGGACCAGGUGUUUGUGUGUGUGAACCACAUAAACAACACCACACACCUCUACAUCUCAGACACACAGGGCCUGUCCUUUUCUCUGUCACUUGAGAAUGUUCUGUACUACAGUCCUGAGGGCUCAGGAAGCAACACACUCAUCAGGUACUUUGCCAACGAGCCAUUUGCAGACCUGCAUCGUGUGGAGGGGCUCCGAGGCAUCUUCAUUGCCACGCUCAUCAACGGGUCGGUCAGCGAGGACAACAUGCGCUCUGUCAUCACUUUUGACAAGGGGGGGACAUGGGAGCUGCUACAGGCGCCUGCUGCCGACAGCCUGGGAGGAACUGUGGACUGCCAGCUCAAUAAGGGUUGUUCUCUCCACCUGGCCCAGCGCUGGAGUCAGCUGUUCAACAUCCAGCUGAGGAGGAUGCCCAUAUUAUCCAAAGACUCAGCACCAGGACUCAUCAUGGCCACAGGUUCUGUUGGGAGGAAUUUGGCCAGCAAGCCCAAUGUGUACAUAUCAAGCAGUGCCGGAGCCCGGUGGAAAGAGGCUCUGGCGGGCCCUCAUUUCUAUACCUGGGGGGACCAUGGUGGUAUCCUGUUGGCCAUCGCACAGGGCGGCUCCACCAAACAUCUCAAGUUUAGCACCAAUGAAGGUGAGACAUGGACCGAAUUUAAGUUCUCAGACAAGGAGGUGUAUGUGUACCAGCUUCUGACAGAGCCUGGCGAGAAGAGCACCAUCUUCACCAUCUUUGGCUCGUACGCUGAGCAGAGCCACAGCUGGCUCAUCCUGCAGGUCAACACCUCUGAUGUUCUAGGGGUUCCGUGUUCUGAGGCCGACUACAAGCGCUGGUCUCCUUCAGAUGAGCACGGUAACGAGUGUCUGCUGGGCAGAGAGAUAACCUUCAAGAGAAGAGCUCCUCAUGCUACGUGCUUCAACGGAGAGGACUUUGACAGACCUGUCACCAUCUAUAACUGUUCCUGCACUCGCCAGGACUACGAAUGUGACUAUGGCUUCAAGCUCAGUGAGGAUUUGUCUCUUCCGGUGUGUGUACCUGACCCUGAGUUCCUGGGAGACCUCUACACUCCCCCAGUUCCUUGUCCCAUCGGUACCACCUACCGUCGCAGCAAAGGCUACAGGAGGGUACCUGGUGACAGCUGCAGUGGAGGAGACGUGGAGGCCAGACUGGAUGGAGAGAUGCUGCCUUGUCCUAUUGGAGAGAGUAAUGAGUUCAUCCUGUAUGCUGUGAGGAACUCCAUUCACCGCUACGACCUGGCGACAGGCACCGACCAGACCCUGCCUCUGGCCGGCCUCAGGGAAGCUGUGGCCCUGGACUUUGACUAUGACAGGAACUGCCUGUACUGGGCAGACAUCUCGCUGGACACCAUACAGCGUCUUUGUCUGAAUGGCAGUACAGGUCAGGAGGUCAUCGUGAGGAAAGAUCUGCAGAAUGUGGAGGCUCUGACCUUUGACCCCAUCAGCCGGCUGCUGUACUGGGUAGAUGCAGGAGCCCAGAAGAUUGAGGUUUCUAAUCCUGAUGGGGACCUGCGUCACACUUUGCUCAACUCCACCAUCCUGGAACAUCCGCGAGCUCUGGUUCUGUUGCCUGCAGAAAGUAUGAUGUUCUGGACUGACUGGGGAGACCGGGCAGCUGGAAUUUACCGGGGCUACAUGGAUGGAACCAAUGUGUCCUGCAUUGUGUCAGAAGGUGUCCGCUGGCCCAACGGGAUCACCGCCGACGACCAGUGGCUGUACUGGACCGAAGCCUUCAGCGACCGCAUUGAGAGAGCAGACUUCACUGGGGGGCAGAGGAGUGUUCUGAUGGAGGGACUGCCCCAUCCAUACGCCAUUGCUGUCUUCAAGAAUGAUCUGUACUGGGACGACUGGUCAAGAAUGGGAAUCUUUAAAGCUCCAAAGGCUGGAUCUGAGAACAACGAGCUGAUUGUUGGCAGACUGACUGGAGUCAUGGACCUCAAGAUCUUCUAUAAAGGGAAGAGCAGGGGGCAUAACGCGUGCGCUGACCAGCCUUGCAGUUUGCUGUGUCUGCCACAGCCCAGCCACAGACACACCUGUGUUUGUCCGGAUGGUGCUCCGACUCUGACCAUGCCCAAUGGAGAGCUGCAGUGCCAGUGUCCCCCUGGUUACCAGCUCCAAAACAACACCUGCAUCAAAACUGCGCACAGCUGCUUGCCCAAUCAGUACCGCUGCUCCAAUGGCCGCUGCAUCAGCAGCAUCUGGAAGUGCGACAGCGACAACGACUGCGGAGACAUGAGCGAUGAACAGGAGUGUCCCACUACAACUUGUGAUCCGUCCAACCAGUUCCGCUGCGUGGCCUCAGGCUCGUGCAUCCCACUGGCCUUCAAAUGUGACCAUGAAGACGACUGUGGUGACAACAGUGACGAGGAGCACUGUGAGUCCCACCAGUGCGGCCCCGGAGAGUUUACGUGUGCACGCGGCGUCUGCAUCCGUGAUGCGUGGCGCUGUGAUGGGGACAAUGACUGCAGAGACUGGUCAGAUGAAGCCAACUGCACAGUGGGCCACCACACGUGUGAACCGAGCAGCUUCCAGUGUCACACAGGUCACUGUAUACCACUGCGCUGGAAAUGUGAUGGAGAUGACGACUGUCAGGACAACUCAGAUGAAGAUCCUCAGUAUUGUGAGGGAACCCAGUGUAAAGGAUUCCUGUGCUCCAAUGACACCUGCCUUCCAGCUAAAGCUCACUGCAAUGGCAUCCGUGACUGUCCCGAUGGCGCUGAUGAGCACAACUGUGAUCCCCUGUGUACUCGCUACAUGGAGUUUGUUUGCAAGAACCGAGCCCAGUGCCUGUUUCAGUCUCUGGUCUGUGAUGGCAUUAAACACUGUGAAGAUGGUUCUGAUGAGGAGGCUGAGUAUGCUGGUUGUGCCACACCAUCUGAAUUUGGCAAAGUGUGUGAUGCCUACACAUUCCAGUGUGCCAACGGAGUGUGUGUGAGCCUGGAGUGGAAGUGCGACGGCAUGGACGAUUGUGGGGAUUACUCUGAUGAAGCCAACUGUGCUGCUCCCACUGAGGUGCCAGGCUGCUCCAGGUAUUUCCAGUUUGAAUGCAGGAAUGGGCGCUGUAUCCCUACAUGGUGGAAAUGUGAUGGAGAGAAUGACUGUGGUGAUUGGUCAGAUGAGGCACAGUGCACAGGAGGUGUUACUCCUCACGCUGUGACAUCUGGUCCCAUUACAUGCGCCCCCAACCGCUUCCACUGUGGCUCAGGAGCUUGCAUCAUCAACACCUGGGUCUGUGAUGGCUACGCCGACUGUCCUGAUGGCAGCGAUGAGCUCGGAUGUCCCACAGCAGCCAAUCACUCCAUGACGCCUGCCCCAGCACCCACUCCAGCCCCUCCUCCAUCCCCUGGACGCUGCAGUCAGGGUCAGUUCCAGUGUCAGCGCCCCCCCCACUGCAUCCCUGAGUGGCUGCGCUGUGACGGCCACUCCCACUGCGAGGACAGCUCUGAUGAAGCAAACUGCCCCACCCGACAGCCUCUGUUCUGCAUCAAUGGGACUCGCUGUUCUGACGGUGAAGCCUGCGUUCUGGACAGCGAGAGGUGUGACGGCUACCUGGACUGUUCGGAUCACAGCGAUGAGGAAAACUGCACCAUAAACACACUUGCCUACAAAGUCCAGAAUCUCCAGUGGACCCCAGACUUCUCUGGAUCCGUUACUCUGACCUGGUCCCGUCCCAAAAACCUCCCCCUGAACUCCUGCUACUUCCUCGUGUACUACAGGCUGGUGGGUACACAGCAGUGGACCACCAUGGACACUCAUAGCAACAAAACGAGCUACAGAUUGACCGUGCUGAAACCAGACACCACCUACCAGGUGAAGGUGCUCACUCAGUGCCUCAACAAGCUGCACAAGACCAAUGAGAUGAUCACCAUCAGGACCCCUGAGGGACUGCCCGACCCUCCCAGGAAUCUGCAGCUGACUUGUGACAGUGGUGAGGAUGGGACUGUAAAGGUUUCCUGGAAGGCCCCUGACAACAGACACGGUCUGAUCAGAGAGUACAUUGUUGAAUACAGCGAGGAUGGGAUUUCUGAUUGGACAUCCCAAAGAUCCACCAAAAUCGGCACCGAGGUGAAAGAGUUACAACCAGACACUCUGUACAGAUUCAGGGUGGCUGCAGUGACCAGUCGAGGUGUUGGGAACUGGAGUGAGAUUAAAUCCAUCACCCCCAAAAAAGCUCUGCCUGCUCCUUUAGUGAAAGCCACCAGCAUCUCCUCUGACUCCAUCACCCUGUCAUUGAGCCAAAGCUCCCACUCGGAACUCGAAUAUUACAUUGUGAUUCUGUCCUGGCAGUUUGACUCACAUGUGAAAGAGAGUCAUAAGUACAACGUCACACAGGGGGAGUUUAAAGCCACAAACCUGACAGCGGGGACGAUGUAUGAGGUGGCUGUGUGGGCUCACACCAGUAUAGGAGACAGCCCCAGUGCUCUGUCCCAUUACCAAACCAAAGGCACCCAGCCAGAGCGUCCCCUCCUCAAAGCCAAGGCUCUCAAUCAGACAGCGGUGGAGUGCAGCAUCAGCAACGACUCCGCUCCAUUGGUGUAUGGUGUGUUCUAUGCCACGUCCUUCCUGGAUCUGUACCGCAGUCCUCGUCAGGUCCAAAGCACUUCUCUCAGCCUUACAGUGACUGUAGAAAGCGAUGAACAGUAUCUCUUCCUGGCUCGGGCUGUUUCUCCCUUCUGGGGUCCUCCCUCUGACUACGCCGUGGUGAAAAUGAUCCCCGAUGAGAGGCUGCCACCUCGGAACCUCCAUCGUGUGCGUGUCGACAAGAAUCAGGCCACACUGAAAUGGCAGCCGCCCUACGACACGCCGGACGCACCUCUGACAUAUGUGAUCCACGUAAAGGAUGUGAUCCGUAAGGGGGAGCGGGACUAUAAGCUGACCACCCAGAACAACACAGUGGAGUACCUGCUGAAAGGCCUGGAGCCUGGAGGAAUGUACAGCGUCUCUGUCCGCCUGCGCAACAUGACCAAGGAGGCCAGCUUCAACCUUAACACAGUUCCUCUUCCCGCUCCAGAAGCCUUGAAGAUUCUGACAGAAAAUGACCACGUGUUCCUGUUCUGGAAGAGCCUGGCAGUCCGAGAGAAGGGCUUCAAUGAGAGCAGGGGAUAUGAAGUUCAUAUGUUUGACAGUGUGACAAACCAGACAUCACACCUAGGAAACACCACAGAGACCUACUUCCGCAUCAGCAGUCUGCUGGUGGGACACAACUACACGUUCUCAGUGCAGGCCAGCUGCCUGCUUGGUGGUCAGCUGUGUGGGGAACCUGCUCUCCUACUUUAUAACCCACAGACAGGGAGCAGCGAUGCUUCCCGCAGUGAAAACCAUUCCAGGGAUAUGGCAUCAGUGGUGGUUCCCGUCCUCUUCCUCCUGUUGGUGAUAGUAGGCGGUGGCUUGGUGGCUCUCUACAUCCGACAUCGCCGGCUGCAGAACAACUUCACUGCCUUUGCCAACUCCCACUAUAAUUCUCGUUUGGGCUCCGCCAUCUUUUCCUCUGGGGAUGAAUUAGGUGAUGAUGAUGAAGAUGCUCCGAUGAUCAGUGGGUUCUCCGAUGAUGUUCCCAUGGUGAUCGCAUAGCAGAACAUCCCUUUUACUCACCUCCCUCCCUGCUCCCUCUAUACCCUCCUCAACUUUCUAAGCUCCCCAUUAGCGGUGCCUGAACAUCGGGGCACUGAGAUAUCAUACGGAAACUUACCGCCAUGUCAAAUCCAUCGAUGGGAAUCCACGCACUUGGCAGGAAAUAUGAAGAAAAAUGGGAAAGCGUUAAAAGAGAAAUAUUUUUCAAGGAUCUGAUGCACUUUUUUGAAUGCGCAAUAACUUAUUUUUUAUAAUGUUAAAUAUAUGUGUAUGAUGUGGGGUCAGAAAAAGGACUUGGAGGAAGAUGUGGAAACUAAAGCAAACUGUGAAGGAUCGGAGAAUGAAAGACUAUUUGGAAUUUAAACUCUGUCCGUUGGAGUAGUUAAUUGCCUAAAGCCAAAAUAUGCAUUCAAACUGGAAUAUAGAAUGCAAAAACACAUUAUACACACACACACAAAAAGAUACAUAUAUAUAUAUAGUCUUACGCUGUAAACAUUUAAAAAACUAGUUUAUCAGGUCGGUAACAGUUACAUGUCUUUUAAAUAGUACAGUGUGUAUUACUGAAGUAUAUGUUGUACUAUAUGAGCAUGUGUAACUCUGGUGCCCUGUGUGGGGCAGCUGGAAUAGUUCACUGUGGAUUAUGUUUCCUAUUUUAGCUAAAGAGCUGCAGAAGAAUGAGGCAGUACAACCAAACAGAUCUGUCACUGGACAUAGUGUAGGUAUAAAAACACUUUCCUUUUUACCACCAGCACACUGUUGUAUGUAGAACCAAACACACAGGCAGUGAUCGGAGCAUAAUCCUGGCUCUUGGCUUCCAAGCUUUGCCAGGAUUAUCUUAACUGUUUGUAAAUAUUGGCUUUUAAUAUCCUCUCCUUGUAAUGCUGCACCAUAUCAUUAUGUAAAAUGUUUACUUUGGUUUGGCUUUUAUUGUUUUUAUUUUUUGUAAUCAUUCAGGAUGAGAAAUUAUUGUCCCCAGCAUUUUGCCAUAGCUGUGGUCAUAGAGGAAGUGUGUUUAGGGUUCUCAGGGAACUGUGUCAGAGCGGACACCAGCGCAGCAUCACAGUCAUCACUAUGGCGUUGGCACAAAAGGCCAUUUACUGCUGAUUGGCCUUUAAGAGCUUUGGAGCACAAGCAGGUUACUGUCACUGAUUAGGAUACAAAGUUGAGCUCUUAACACCAUUGUUUCAAGUGGUUCUCUGGAGAGGUUAUGAGCAGUUAACAUCUUACCUGCAGUUAAGUCUGAUAGUCUUUAUUUAGUAGAAAUUCAGAUUAGUCAGCACCGAAUGCUAAAGCUAACGACUAGUCAGAAAGUGACCACAAAUCAAAGCGGACGUCUCAUCGUAAAAUAACCCCCAUCUCAAGAACAUCUUGAUUAUGAAGCUUUAAACCUUUAGAUGAAUGAGCUUAUAAUAAAGGCAUGCAAAAUAAAAAAAAUAAAAUAGCGUUCACUGAAAUUACUGUUAUUUUUGCUUUGCUUUAGGAUCAGUUAAUUGGGCUGGAUUUGUUUUACAUGUUCUGUUCCCAGUAUGUGUUUCACACAGGAAAAUCAGUGGUGAUGCACUACUUCCUACUUCUGUAUUAUUCUGUGUAAAUAACAGCUGUUUUGUAAAUAACUGUCUGAUACAGAAAUGAUGAGAAAGGUUCGUUAAAUAAUGUUCACCUAAACUUCUCUGAGAUUUUUUAGAGAGGAGUUGUUUGAAGUCCAGCCUCCAGAACCGACAAACUGGUGAUUUACGCACAAUAUAAACUGCAAGAGAUUUAUUUACUGCAAGUAAGAUUAACUGCUUGCAAGCUUUUAACAGAACCUCACCUAAAACAUUCUGAACCAGAGCUUGGAUAAAGAGAUAGAGGUGAGCUUACAGCAAUCAGAGCAGGGCCCAGAUCAAAGUGCAAUGCUGCUAUGAUAAAAGUCUCAAAUGCUAUAUACAUACUAACUAUUCAUAACCUCUUCACAGAACCACACCUAAAUAAACAGCUGAAUUCUCCCUUUGACACCACUCAGGCUUCAGCUUCAUCGGAUCCAUAAAAGGAUUCCAUUCUCUGUGAGAAGAACAUCCCACCUCUCUCUAGUAGGAUCCAGUAAUGUGUGUAUUUGGCUUACUUUUAAACGUUUUUACAACUUUUCUCAUCAUCUGUCACUUUGGAAAUCCCCCUGAGCUCAUUUUAAGAAUAUGCUUUUUAAUAACGUUUUACUUGAAGAGUUAAUCUCAGUUAUAUAUUUUUGAGACUGGGCUCUGUGGAUUAUCCAACCUAAGCUUUCAGUCACGUCAGAAAUCACCAGGUUUUUAUGGAGGCUUCUCGUUUAAAACAGAUGAUAUAUAAGCUUCUUCUGGUUGUAGCUCAACCUGAAUUUAAAUGCUCCCUGGGUUCAUCUUUUGGCAUUAGAAAGCAGCUUUAUUCACAUACAUUUUUAUGCAGUUUCUUAUUCUAAGCUUUUGGUUUCAUACGGUUGAAGGUCAAUUAUGACAUGAAUAAUUGUCACAAUUAGUGAUUACUCUCCACAGAUAGACAAAUGUUAUUAACAAACUGCAUGGCUAAAUAAAGAGGAAAGCUGGAUUCUGUUUAGGGUGGUGGGAUCAGUUUUGGAUCUGCUGCAGCUGAUUGUUCAGAGAUGCAUUUUAAUGUCAGUGCAAACAGAAUACAUCUUCUGAAUGUCUAUAAACACACACAGACACACAUACCCAGAAAAAAACCUAGCUGGAUCCAUCUCCACACCACACCCCCAACUCCACUGCACUCCGUUCGCUGAUGUUUGGGUUUUGCCUCCAGGUCUGAGCCAUUAGAAAUUUAAACCCAGGGUGUCCUACUUUCUCUCCACCUUGUAUUGUUGUUAAAGACGUCUUCAUGAAUGUAUUUGUAUGUGUGUACUUUUUAAAGCACCGGCCCAGCUCAUUAUGCUACUGUCUCCACCUGUGCAUUGUCUCUGCUUAAAGAAAAAAUAUGUAGGUGGAGCGAACAGGCUUUAUGUCUGCAGACCAGUUGCUCGACAAAACUUCAACAACAAAUUUAAAACUCCAAUUCACUAACACAGAACCGUUUAGUUCAGGGUUCCUCGGUAGUCUAGGAUUUUAUUUCACCAUUUUCCAGAAGUGUGGAAAGAUAAAAUAAGAAUAUGGGAAAAUAUUCGUUUGUUCAAUCCUAAACUUUUUCCCCAUCCUGUUGUUUAAUGCUGUCCUUCCUUCUGUCCUUUGUUCUUUCCUUUUUUGUUUUCUUUUUGUUUAUCCUUAUGUCCUUCUUUCCUAAUCUCCUCCAUUUUGUUCUCCAUUGUCCUUCCUUACUUCCUCCCUUCUUUUUUCUUUGUGCCCUUAUUUUAUUUACUUUUCUUCGUUCUAUCCUAGCAUCUUACCUCCAUCUUCCCUUUCUUCCUGCCUUCCUACCUCCUUUCUUUUUCUCUUUCUUUCCUUCUCCUGUCCUACCUUCAACCCUGUAACAACUGCCAAAAAUUCAUAAACUUUGGUGUUUUAGAUAUUAAAACAAGCAGAAAUGAUUGGGAUGUCUGCAAAGUUGGCCUUGGAAACAAAUGGAGCCUUUACAUGAGAAAUGUUCAGGAACCUACUUUGUUUUUUCUUCAGAACCUCAAAUUGAGUUCUGCUGAAACAGUUAAUUUUGUUGCUUGGCCUUAAAACAGAUAUUUCCGGUACUGAUGUUGUUUCUGUUGUCUGAUGUUCCUUUCUGCCACAUAAUGCCUUAUCACAACACGUUGGGUUUUUAUGUGAGGUCAUGUUUGUACAAUAGGAACACAAGUGCACAUGCAUGGACACGUCACACGCACUCGAGCAGUACGACAGCCAGAGGAAACAACAUCUGGUGACUUAGUUGAGCCCAUUAAAGUGUUUUAGUUGGGCUUUCCGCCUGUGCAGGAUAUGAUUACUAGAGAUCACGUGACUGUUUGCUUCCCACCUGUCUUAAUGUUGACUCUUGUCAAAUAGUUUGUGUCUCAAUGUCAUUUGGCAUAGAGGUGGAUCAUGUCGAACUUGGCCAUGUCUGACAAUGCUGAUGUGUUGCUUGCUUGUAUUGCAGAUUGCAAGAAAAUAAGAAACGUAGAGAAACAAUGUAAAGGUGUUUUAAACAACCACUUAUACUGAAAUAAACUUGCUGAAAACAAAA